CCGAGCCGCCGCCGCCGCCGCUGCUGCAGUCGGCAUCCAUCAGCGGGCGGGGGUGUCUUGGAACAGGCUGCUCCGCAGAGCCCGCCGCGGCCCCGCGCGCCCGCCCCGCCCCGCGGCCUGCUGGCCGCAGGAGCCGAGGGGGCGCCCCCCGCCAAGCCUGCUCGAGAUGGGGACCCUCAGGCCCAGGCGUGCUGGUCACCAUGACAACAGAGACAGGCCCUGAUUCUGAGGUGAAGAAGGCUCAGGAGGAGGCUCCGCAGCAGCCUGAGGCCGCUGCCACUGCGACCACCCCUGUGACUCCCGCAGGCCACAGCCACCCUGAGGCCAACUCCAAUGAGAAGCAUCUGCCCCAGCAGGACACUCGGCCUGCUGAACAGAGCCUAGACAUGGAGGAGAAGGACUACGGUGAGGCCGAUGGCCUGUCAGAGAGGACCACGCCCAGCAAGGCCCAGAAAUCGCCCCAGAAGAUUGCCAAGAAAUACAAGAGUGCCGUCUGCCGAGUUACUCUGCUCGAUGCCUCAGAGUAUGAGUGUGAGGUGGAGAAACAUGGCCGAGGCCAGGUGCUGUUUGACCUGGUCUGUGAACACCUCAACCUCCUGGAGAAGGACUACUUUGGCCUGACCUUCUGUGAUGCCGACAGCCAGAAGAAUUGGCUGGACCCCUCCAAGGAAAUCAAGAAGCAGAUCCGGAGCAGCCCCUGGAAUUUUGCCUUCACAGUCAAGUUCUACCCUCCUGACCCUGCUCAGCUGACCGAAGACAUUACAAGAUACUACCUGUGCCUGCAGCUGCGGGCGGACAUCAUCACAGGCCGGCUGCCCUGCUCCUUCGUCACGCAUGCCCUGCUGGGCUCCUACGCCGUGCAGGCUGAGCUGGGCGACUAUGAUGCCGAAGAGCAUGUGGGCAACUAUGUCAGCGAGCUCCGCUUCGCCCCCAACCAGACCCGGGAGCUGGAGGAGAGGAUCAUGGAGCUGCACAAGACGUACAGGGGCAUGACCCCAGGAGAAGCAGAAAUCCACUUCCUAGAGAAUGCCAAGAAGCUUUCCAUGUACGGAGUAGACCUGCACCAUGCCAAGGACUCUGAGGGCAUCGACAUCAUGUUAGGAGUCUGUGCCAAUGGCCUACUCAUCUACCGAGACCGGCUGAGAAUCAACCGCUUCGCCUGGCCCAAGAUUCUCAAGAUCUCCUACAAGAGGAGUAACUUUUAUAUCAAGAUCCGGCCUGGGGAGUAUGAGCAGUUUGAGAGCACGAUUGGCUUUAAACUCCCAAACCACCGGUCAGCCAAGAGACUGUGGAAGGUGUGCAUCGAGCACCACACAUUCUUCCGGCUGGUGUCCCCUGAGCCCCCACCGAAAGGCUUCCUGGUGAUGGGCUCCAAGUUCCGGUAUAGUGGGAGGACCCAGGCACAGACCCGCCAGGCCAGCGCCCUCAUCGACCGACCUGCACCCUUCUUUGAGCGUUCCUCCAGCAAACGGUACACCAUGUCCCGUAGCCUUGAUGGAGCAGAGUUCUCCCGCCCAGCCUCGGUCAGUGAGAACCACGAUGCAGGACCUGAUGGUGACAAGCGAGAGGAGGAUGGCGAGUCUGGGGGGCGACGGUCAGAGGCCGAGGAGGGAGAAGUCAGGACCCCCACCAAGAUCAAGGAGCUAAAGUUCUUAGACAAGCCAGAGGACGUCUUGCUGAAGCACCAGGCCAGCAUCAACGAGCUCAAGAGGACCCUGAAGGAACCCAACAGCAAACUGAUCCACCGGGAUCGAGAUUGGGAGCGGGAGCGCAGGCUGCCCUCCUCGCCUGCCUCCCCCUCUCCCAAGGGCACCCCUGAGAAAGCCAAUGAGAGAGCAGGGCUGAGGGAGGGCUCGGAGGAGAAAGUCAAACCGCCACGUCCCAAGGCCCCAGAAAGUGACACAGGAGAUGAGGACCAGGACCAGGAGAGGGACGCGGUGUUCCUGAAGGACAACCACCUGGCCAUUGAGCGCAAGUGCUCCAGCAUCACGGUCAGCUCCACAUCCAGCCUGGAGGCUGAGGUCGACUUCACGGUCAUUGGCGACUACCAUGGCAGCGCCUUCGAAGACUUCUCCCGCAGCCUGCCUGAGCUCGACCGAGACAAAAGCGACUCGGAAACCGAGGGCCUGGUGUUCUCCCGGGAUCUCAACAAGGGGGACCCCAGCCAGGAUGACGAGUCUGGGGGCAUCGAGGACAGCCCGGAUCGAGGGGCCUGCUCCGCCCUGGAUAUGCCCCAGUUUGAGCCUGUGAAAACAGAAACCAUGACUGUCAGCAGCCUCGCCAUCAGGAAGAAGAUCGAGCCGGAGGCUGUACUGCAGACCAGAGUCACCACUGUGGACACUACCCAGCAGGUUGAUGGCACUGCCCCAGUGGGGAAGGAGUUCAUGACAUCUACUCCCUCCAUCACCACAGAGACCAUAUCAACCACCAUGGAGAACAGUCUCAAGUCCGGGAAGGGGGCAGCUGCCAUGAUCCCAGGCCCACAGACGGUGGCCACGGAAAUCCGUUCUCUUUCUCCGAUCAUCGGGAAAGAUGUCCUCACCAGCUCCUACAGCGCCACCGCGGAAACCCUCUCCACCUCCACCACCACCCAUGUUACCAAAACUGUGAAAGGAGGGUUUUCUGAGACGAGGAUCGAGAAGCGAAUCAUCAUUACUGGGGACGAAGAUGUUGAUCAAGACCAGGCCCUGGCUUUGGCCAUCAAGGAGGCCAAACUGCAGCAUCCUGACAUGCUGGUAACCAAAGCUGUCGUAUACAGAGAAACAGACCCAUCCCCAGAGGAGAGGGACAAGAAGCCACAGGAAUCCUGACCUCUGUGAAGAGCUGCUGGCGUUUCUGGUCCAACCCAAGCCAGAGAACCGUUAAGAAGGGGCCUUCAUUCUGAAUUCUCCGACUCAACACCGACGUCCCAGCUGCGACAUACUGUCACUGAUGAGAGACUGGGAAAGGAAAAGCAUAUAUAUAGAGAUAUAUAGAGAUAUAGAUAUAUAUACACGAAACACCGCGUCCUUGCACCGCUGCUGGGGCUGGCCGAGCAUUUGGCCGACGGCAACAACCAACAUCUGAACACCUACAUUUCCUUUGCAGACAAAUUGAAGAAUUGGUGGGAUUUUUCAGGAAAAAAAAUUAUAAUGACAAUAAUCCUUUGCUCCCCCCUUCAAAGCCCUGCAGAACAACUAGAGCAAGCCGGACCACAAUGAUUGUAGAAGUACAAUUACGACCCUGGUUCUGCACAUUGCAUUUAGUUGGAUGAGCAUUCCAUUUGUUCUUCUCCAGCGUCUGUUGCCCACUCGAAUGCAAAGGAAAACACUUUUGCAGCAAAGCAAGAGAAGUCGCAGCAGUUAAGACACACACCAUCAACCGUUCCGAGAAAGAAAGAAAAUUCCCCACUUGGAAAGGAGGAGGAGGAACACUGGAUUAUUAUUUUUUGGGUCUUGACACUGGGCUGCAAAAUCCACCUUCCUUUCUUCCACCUCCCCUCCCCCUCAUUCUCACAUGUCUUGUCAUUUUCUGUCUCAGCUCCCUCUUCCCUCUCCCCCACCCCAUGCCCCUCACCCUCUGUGUCCUGGCCCUCCUGAGGGCCACUGCAGAUGACUCUCAUUUGAAACGAGAAAAAGAAAAGAAAACGAGAACAGAAAACCAAGCCACAGGAAGGGAAGUAGACAUUGUAUGUUUAUGGUUCUCAUUAUGAAGGUGCAGCUUGUAGGAGAUUUGUAUGGAUGUGCUUUUAAGUUAUGUAUAUUACAUAUAACAGGAAACAAAUAUUAAAAUAAACAGUGCUGGUAAGUAUGACGCUGA